AUGGACAAUCUAACCAAUGGCUCGACAAUUGAUCUCAUUGAUCUUAAUCAAUAUUCACAGGGAAUCUAUAAAUGUGAGGUUGUUGCUGAAGGUUCAUUUCAAACCGAUUCAGAUGAAUCUUAUUUACAAGUUGUUGAGAAAAGAUUCAAUGUUACUCUGGACGAGUCGAGGCAAGAAAAUGAAACUCAAGAUACAAUUCAACUGGGAAUUGUUGGGAGUGAAUAUUUAAAGCCGAUAAUAAAAGUUGAUAAAAGUGAAUAUCAUCUUGGUGAUAAAGUUGACCUUAAUUGUACACUUCCACUUCCAGUCGAGCAAUCAAAAGGAAAGAUUGAUUUAGAAUGGAAUCUUCCAAGUUCAUGGAAUAUAAGGUUUUGUCCAUACAAAGUAAUCAAUCAUCAUGCAAAUGAUGGACUCUCAAUUGGAUUGACUUUGAUCAUCGACAAAUGUCAUCACACAAAUGGUUCAAUCACAAUCACCUGUAAGGGUGUGUUCAAGUCGACAGAUUCAAUGGUAAAGAAGCGAUUGACCAAAACUUGGCUUGGAUGGACUUACUCGCGAUCGAACACUUUGACCUUAAAUAAAAUUCAAUUGGCCGUCAUUACUUUUGGUAUAAAGUUAACUUUAAUCAUUGUCUAAGCACAGGUUU